AUGCUGAAGGAGUUUCAUUUCUCCCUGUCCCUGGUCCUGGUGUUUGCCUGUGGUCUGCUUUACCAGCUCACCCUCAGGUCUCAGUGCUUCUUUGCUUGCCUGCCCCCUUUCACAGCUCCACAGGGGCUGGAAGGCCUCCUGAGGAAUGGACGAAGCAUCGUGUUUAUAGAGACCUCCGAGAGAGUAGAGCCACCUCCACUGGUCUCCUGUGCUGUGGAGUCUGCUGCUAAAAUCUACCCUGAGCAGCCCAUCAUCUUCUUCAUGAAAGGACUCAGCAAGGCCACACAGCUGACUUCAAAUACCAGCUACCCAGCCUUCUCCCUCCUCUCGGCCAUUAACAAUGUUUUCUUUGUGCCUUUGGACAUGAAAAAACUGUUCGAAGACACACCCUUGUUUUCGUGGUACACCAAAAUCAACAGCAGAACAGAGAAACACUGGCUCCAUGUCAGCUCUGAUGCAUCCCGCCUGGCCAUCAUCUGGAAGUACGGUGGUAUCUACAUGGACACUGAUGUCAUCUCCAUCAGACCCAUCCCGGAGGAGAACUUCUUGGCAGCCCAGGGCUCUCGACAGUCCAGUAAUGGGGUAUUUGGGUUCCUUCCCCACCACCCCUUUCUAUGGGCCUGUAUGGAGAACUUCGUUGAGCACUAUAACUCAGGCAUUUGGGGCAACCAAGGUCCCCAAUUGAUGACAAGGAUGUUAAGGGUGUGGUGUAGACUUAAAGACUUCCAAGGGUUGGGUGACCUGAAGUGUUUGAAUAUUUCCUUUCUUCAUCCCCAGAGAUUUUACCCCAUCCCUUAUCCUUCAUGGAGGCGCUACUACCAAGUGUGGGACACAAAGCCUACCUUUAAUAACUCCUAUGCACUGCAUUUGUGGAACUAUAUGAAUAAAGAGGGCAAGACUGUAGUUAGAGGAAGCAACACUCUGGUGGAAAAUCUCUAUCAAAAGUACUGUCCUAAGACUUACAGGGUUCUGAUCCAAGGUGCAGGAGGGACAGUGACUAAGGAUCCAGGUAAAGGUACCAGAUAG